ACUGCAUACAACUCAUGUCGAAGAUACUCAAAAGAGACAUGUGCGGCCUGCAAUCACCAGGUACCCUUACUAAGGACCUUGAUCCGAAUCUGAUCAAGAAAUGCAUUCCUCCGGAGCUCGAGUAUGCAGGUCGCUACUGGGUGCAGCAUUACCGAGAAAGCGGGAUAUGCCUCUGCGAUGGCAACCAAGCUCAUCGUUUUAUCGAGGACUAUUUCCUGUACUGGCUUGAGUUGAUGAGCUUGACUGGGCAUUUCUCUGAAGUACCUGCAACAAUAAGGAUGUACGAGGCUCUCCUUGGGGCCAGAGAAAAUCCAAGUCAAUUGGUGUUUGUGCAGGAUGCGAGACGAUUCGUUUUUGCUUUCCAUUCAAUCAUCGAAGUGGCGCCUCUCCAGACGUAUUGUGCUGCCCUUGCGUUCACCCAACCCAGUAACAGACUCCGGCAGCGGUUCAAGAGUCAGAUGCGACACUGGAUCCAAGAUGUCCGAAUCGCCGAGUCAUCCAGAGACAAGGCCAAGACGCCAAUAACGGGCAAAACAUUCUUUGCCAAUGACAUAGCAUUCACCCCGGAUGGCCGACAGGUCGCAUCUGGGUCGGUGGUUGAAGCGGUGAGGCUCUGGGAUGUGACGGCAAAAGCUAAACUGGGCACACUCGUGGGCCAAACGGAAAAAGUCAGCUCUGUUGCGAUUUCAGCAGACGGAUUGAUGAUCGCUUCAGGCUCGGAUGAUGGUACUGUCAUGGUCUGGGAUUUGAGAUUAAGGAUUGUGCUUUACAACCUCCAAGGACAUUCACGUUGGGUGAAUUCUGUGGCCUUCUCACCAGAUGGCAAACUCCUUACGUCAGGCUCCAUGGACGAAACGAUCCGAAUCUGGGAUACCGAGACAGGACAGGAACUUUGCAUGUUGAAAGGCAACUUAAGUUGUGUCAACUCUGUUGCCUUCUCCCCCGACGGGUCAUUGAUUGCUUCGGGCUCAGCAGAUGGAAUGGUUCGCGUCUGGGAUGUUAGACAGAGAGAGACAUCGCUAUUAUUGGACGGCCACGCAGGUGCUGUCAAUUCUGUUCGCUUCUCGCCGGACGGAAAGAGGAUCAUUUCUGCGGCAGAUGAUAUGACACUCAAGCUGUGGGAUAUAAACGGAGAGACAGAGCACACAACGCUCAAAGGCCAUUGUAGAAGGGUUAUGGCUGUUUCAUUUUCUCCGGAUGCUCGUUUCAUUGCCUCGGGCUCCGAAGAUAUGACGAUCAUUCUCUGGAACGCAAGUACCGGAUCUCAACUGGGUACACUCAGGGGUCAUACGAGCGGUAUCAAUGCUGUCACGUUCUCUCCCGAUAGCCAGCUUCUUGUUUCGGGCUCGUUUAACGACGAGGUACGACUCUGGAAUAUCAGUACUGGAGAGGGAUGCGGGAAGUUCGAUGAAUUUGAAGAGGAUGACUUGCCCUUCUUGCGCGGAAGGUUGAAGGCUCUGAGGCUGGAAGCUAGCGCCGCUGCGGCAGAAAGCGUGAAAGGGCAUUCAAGCACGAUCAGCCUCUUAGUCUGUUCACCGGAUGGUCAAUUAGUCGCGUCCGGCUCGAACGAUACUACGGUCAAGUUAUGGACUAGAGACGGAGUGCAGCGCUGGCGAUUGGAAGGCCAUUCUAACAGUAUCACCUGCCUCACAUUCUCGCCAGAUACGCAAUUGCUUGCAUCAGCCUCGGCAGACAAGACGACAAAGAUCUGGAAUACAGAAACGGGAGCAGAAUGGCAUACGCUUCAGGGUCAUUCUAGCCAUAUCCGCCUCAUCCGAUUUUCCUCCGACGGCCGGUUCCUCGCCUCAUGCUCUACGGACAAGACAGCUAUAAUUUGGGAUGUAGGAACAGGUAUAAUGAUCAGCAGGCUUGCAGGUCAUGCAGACACAGUGACUGACGUCAAAUUUUCACCCGAAGACAAUCGCUUUCUCGCGUCGUGCUCAGCGGAUACGACAGUCAAACUAUGGGAUGUGUCCACAGAAGGGGUCGCUCACACGUUCCGGGGCCAUUCGGACACGGUGAACUCGAUCUCGUUUUCGUCGGACGGCAAGCUGUUGAUCUCUUGCUCGGCGGAUAAGACAAUAAGACUCUGGGAUACAGCUGGAGCCGCGUGCAGUGUCCUCAACGGCCAUACGCUUACCGUCAACUCGGCAGCGUUUUCUUCAGACGGCACGCUUGUGGUAUCUUGCUCGGAUGAUUUGACGGUCAGAAUUUGGGAUGCGAAAAACAAUUUGGCUCAAAGGAUUCUCAAAUUCACGAUGGCGAUUCGCACCGUGUCCUUCUCCAACUGCGGUCGGUAUAUUGAAACUGACAGAGGGACGCUGGCCGUUGGCUCGGCUCCUCCUGAUUCUUCUUCAUCUUCAUCAGACCGAUCAUUAACACUCUUUGCAUCGAAAGAUUGGAUCAGGAAGGCGGGGGAGAAUGCUCUUUGGCUUCCGGACGAGUAUCAGGCGACUUGCGUAGUGACCCUGGCGGACACAGUAGUCAUAGGACACGCGGCCGGGAGCAUUUCUUUUGUCCAUUUCUAGAUACAUGAUCAUCAUAGUGUACUUGAUUUGUG